AUGGCCAAGCCUAAGCACACUGCUGCUGGUCGCAAGGGCAAUGGCCCCGUGCCAUCCAGCCCCGGCAAGAACGAAAAGAAUGUCUUCGAACAGACCACGGAAGCCGAAGAGUCACCCGCGCAAUCCGCAAAAGAGAUCAAGCAGCAGGAAUGGGAGAAGAAAAGACAAACCUUCAUCACCCGGACAAUAUGGACUUUUGUCAUGAUUGCCGGUUUCUUCAUCGCCAUGUUCUCUGGUCAUAUCUACAUCAUUGGCCUGGUCACCGCCAUUCAGAUUGUUUCAUUCAAGGAAGUCAUCAACAUCGCCAACAAAAAGCCUCAGGGUGAAAAGGAGCAAAAACCGGCGCCCCGCUUCACUAAGCAGCUGAGCUGGUAUUUUCUCGCGACAACUAUGUAUUUCCUUUAUGGAGAGAGCGUGAUCUAUUACUUCAAGCACAUCUUGCUUGUGGACAAAGUUCUUUUGCCCCUGGCCAACCACCACCGCUUCAUUAGUUUUACUCUCUAUGUCAUGGGCUUCGUCUUCUUUGUGGGCUCUCUGCGCAAAGAUACCUACAAAUUGCAAUUUGUCCACUUUGCCUGGACUCACAUGGCCUUGUACUUGAUUGUGGUGCAAGCCCACUUUGUGAUGAACAACAUCUUCGAGGGCAUGAUCUGGUUCUUCCUCCCUGCUUCUUUGGUAAUCACCAAUGAUAUCUUUGCCUACGUCUGUGGUAUUACAUUUGGCCGUACCCAAUUGAUCAAACUUUCGCCAAAGAAGACCGUCGAGGGCUUCCUUGGCGCGUGGAUCUGCACCAUUAUCUUUGGAUAUUUCAUGACCAACGUGUUGAUGCGGUACAAGUAUUUCAUCUGCCCUGUCAAUGACUUGGGCUCAAAUGUUUUGACUGGUUUGGAAUGCGUUCCGAACUCCGCUUUCAUUCCUCAGCCCUACUCUCUCGAAUUGAUCGGUUUGGAUAAGACUUUCUGGGUUGAGCCCAUGCAGCUUCACAUUCUGAGUUUCGCUACUUUCGCCUCUCUUAUCGCUCCAUUCGGUGGUUUCUUCGCUUCGGGUUUGAAGCGCAGCUUCCAGAUCAAGGACUUUGGCGAGUCGAUCCCUGGCCACGGUGGUAUCACCGAUCGUAUGGACUGUCAAUUCAUUAUGGGUUUCUUCGCCUACAUGUACUACCACAGCUUCAUUGCUGUCUACAAGGCCAACGUUGGUGAUAUCAUUGAGACUGUCAUCAACGGGCUUACAGUUGAGGAGCAGUUCGAGGUCGUUCGCGGCCUCAGCAAGUACUUGCACAACCAGGGAGUUGUUUCAGACACGAUUCUGGACUGUCUUACAACCGAGCUUAAGCACUAA